AUGGGAACCGCUUCGGCGUCGUGCGAAGCACCCACGGCCAGCCCUGGCUGCGAAUGCGACAAAGCCGGUCCCCAUGUGAAGCCUCGUCUCCGUGUUGGAUGUGCCAUCGGCAUCGCGGCUGCUCCCAUCCAGUUCGCGCUGGCAAAUCAGCUGAAUGUGGAUGAGCUUGCCUUCCACUUGCAUUGGGUCAAAUGUCCACCCGAUGCAGAUGCUGUGCUUGCAAUGUUGGGUGCCGGGCUUCUGGAUCUUGCCAUCUUGCAGACAGAAGAUGUCGUUCAAGCGGUGUCCCUUGGCAGUUCACUGCGGAUUUGUGGCACGUAUACUUCGUCACCUCGACGCUUUGGGCUGUAUGUCUCCAGCCUCAAAGCCCAGGACGCAGCAAGUGAGGUGCUUAGAUCUCCCUGCGGCGUGCUUCACAACUGCCUUGGUGCACAGCUUGCUGUGCACAUGUUGGGCCAGCACCGUGACUGGCAAGCACUGGGUGGCCUUUACCUGCGACCACUGUCGAGCUUAGAGGCGGCGAAAACCGCUAUUGCUUCCGGGCGGGUGGAGAUGGUCUUGUGGGAGAAGUAUUUGGCUUAUGAUUGCGUCGCCUCGGGCGAGUGGGUAGAGGUGUGGCAAGCAGACUUGCCCUGGUCCUCGUCACUCUUCGCCGCAACGAAGGAGGCAACUUACGCCAAAGCCCAGAGCGUCCAGAGAUUUAUCGAUUGGGCUAAGCAGGCGGCCGAAGAUUUCCUGCAAGCCGAGUCCGUUGAGGAUGCAGAGAAACUGCUAGCAAGCACCUACCGGCUCGUAGGCGUAUCUGUCAUCGUUUGGCUCAGCUCCGUUUCCUGGGCAUGCCGCUGCCAGGUGCGACGUGAAGAUCUUUCGGCGGCUCUUCAAAGUCUCACCAAGGCAGGUCUCUUGCGCAGCGGCACAUUGGAGCCGCCCGUGAGGAGUUUGGCGAAAGGCUUCUGCGACUUGCUCGGCGCAGAUGAGGCUUUCGGAGACACAGCCAGACGAGAAUUCACUGCUAGGGGACGCAUGCAGCCAGGCGUGGGUCCUUGA